AACCAACGAAUCUUAUAGUUCAUCAUCGUAGAAAGUAAAUUGGAAAGAAUAUGAUCAGUUCAAAGAAGAUGAUCCAAAUGGCAUGGAAGUGGCAGAAAGAGGUUACAAAGUACCAAAGGAAGAGACUUGUCUGGCCAAAGACUGAAGAAAAUGCAGCAACGGCAGAAGGUUGCAGCGUGUGGACGAAGGCUGAAAAGGGUCACUUUGUCGUAUACAGCAUGGAUAAGAAGCGCUUCGUGCUUCCAUUACUGUAUUUGAAAAACAACAUUUUCAGAGAGCUUUUCAAGUUGGCAGAAGAAGAGUUUGGUCUUUCCAGCAACGUGCCUUUAACGUUGCCUUGCGAAGCCACGUUAAUGGAGUACGUGAUAACGUUGAUACAGAGAAACGUAACGAAGGAUCUGGAAGAAGCUGUCUUGAUGUUCAUAGCUACCGUUCGAUGCCAAUCGUCCUUUGAUCUUCUUCCUGAACCAACCAACCAACGUUUGCUUUGCAGCUACUGA